AUGGCUGAAGUUCAAAACAAUGGUACGGAAAAGGAGGUCGACGUGGAGAAGCCGGCACCAACGCUUUCCGGUCCCAUAGUGGGAAUCAUUUACCCACCACCGGAAGUGCGAAAUAUCGUCGACAAGACGGCCAGUUUCGUAGCUCGUAAUGGUCCGGAAUUCGAAAGCCGCAUCCGACAAAACGAGCUCGGUAACCCAAAGUUUAACUUUCUCAGUCCCGGCGAUCCGUACCAUGCGUACUAUCAGCACAAGGUGCAGGAGAUACGGGAAGGUCGCACCGACAAUUCGUCCACGGGGCCAGGGGCAGCGUCAGCUGGGUUGCAAAAGGCACAGGUACCUAGUGCCACGCAACAGAAGCAGCAGGAACUUCUGAAAGCCAUUACCGAGCAGCAGUUCGUGCCGAAAGAUCCACCACCGGAGUUUGAGUUCAUUGCGGAUCCGCCCUCGAUAUCGGCACUCGAUUUAGAUAUCGUCAAGCUGACGGCUCAGUUCGUUGCACGCAAUGGGCGCCUGUUUCUGACCAACCUGAUGAACCGCGAGCAGCGGAACUGUCAGUUUGAUUUCCUUCGACCGCAGCACUCACUGUUCCAGUAUUUCACUAAGCUGCUCGAGCAGUACACGAAGAUACUGGUGCCGCCGAAGGAUUUGAUGAACAAGCUGAAGGUGGAAAGUGCACCCGGGCGCAGCAGCAUGAACGUGGUACUGGAGCAGGUCAAGUAUCGCGCAAACUGGAUGAAGCACCAAGAAAUGCAAAGUCGCCGCGAAGAAGAGAAGGUUGAGCGGGAGCGUAUCGCGUACGCACAGAUCGAUUGGCAUGAUUUUGUCGUGGUGGAGGUGGUAGAUUAUCAACCGUACGAAUCAGGCAACUUUCCACCACCAACAACACCGGACGAGGUCGGUGCGCGUGUGCUGAUGGAGGAGCGCAUGAACGAGGAAGAUCACGACAUCGAGAUGCAGAUCGAGUCGGAUAAUGACGACAGUGACGAUGAACCGCAUCGUGGUGCUACGGAGGGCAAUGGACAGGUGAAGCUAUCGCAGAUGGAAAAUCUGGUCGGUAAGCAGCAGAAAGAUAAUACCCAGGUACAGGACAUGGACGAGUCGUCCACCUCAGGCGAUGAGGAUGGCGAACGUAGCAAAUCCCUUCCGGUCCCGGUUGCACCACCAACGCACGAUAAGGUCAUUGUGAAGAAGUACGAUCCGAAGCAGUCGCAGAAGGUGCAGAAACCGGUACCGGCCGCUGCGGACGAUUAUCUCAUUUCGCCCAUUACGGGUGAAAAGAUUCCUGCGGCGAAGGUGGCCGAACAUAUGCGUAUCGGUUUGCUUGAUCCGCGCUGGGUCGAGCAGCGUGACAAACACAUCGAAAAGGUGGCCCAGGAAAAUGUGUACGCACCGGGUGCUGCAAUCGAGGCUAGCCUGAAACAGCUGGCGGAACGGCGUACCGAUAUUUUCGGUGUCGGUGAUGAGGAAGCGGCCAUCGGUAAGAAGCUUGGCGAGGAGGAACCGCGCAAGGACGAUCGUGUCACUUGGGACGGACACACAUCGAGUGUGGAAGCGGCAACACGGGCUGCACGUGCAAAUAUUACUCUCGAGGCACAAAUUCAUCAGAUCCACAAGGUGAAGGGGUUGAUACCCGAUGAGGAGAAGGAAAAGAUUGGCCCGAAACCAAUACCCGGCACGAUGUCCGCACCUUCCAAGUCAAAUCAACAGCAUCAACAACAACAGCAGCAGCAUCAGCAGCAACAACACCAUCAGCAGCAACAACAACACCAUCAGCAGCAGCAGCACCAUCAACAGCAGCAACAUCAUCAGCAUCAGCACCAUCACCAUCAUCAUCAGCAGCAGCACCAGCACCAGCAGCAGCAAAAUCCACAAUUAGCAUCGCAAGCGCAGCUUGCUCAGAUGCAGUCACAGAAAGGAAUGCCUCAAAUGCCACCCCAUCCCAUUCCCCCACCGGUUCCGCCAAUGAUGAUGAUGGCCAUGGGACCGCCACCUAAAAAAUCACGCACCGAGGAUAAUCUGAUUGAGGAAAGCGUAUUCCUGCAGCGGCACAGUGCAGCCGGUCCGAUCACCGUACAGGUGCAGUGUCCGAACAUGACCGAGAAGAACGAUUGGAAGCUUAAUGGGCAGAUCCUGUCACUGUCGCUCAAUCUGACCGAUACGGUCAGUUCGAUUAAAGCGAAGGUACAAACGGAAACGGGCAUGCCACCGGCGAAGCAGAAAAUUUUCUACGAUGGUAUGUUCUUCAAGGAUAAUAACACCAUCGCCUACUACAAUCUGCUGAAUGGUGUAACGGUCGCACUGCAGUUGAAGGAACGUGGUGGACGAAAGAAGUAA